CCCCCGCCCGCACGACCGGCGUUCGCUCUAGUGGGCUGUUUGGCAUCUUACCGGCUCCCAAGAUGGCGUCCAUCAUGGAGGGCCCGCUGAGUAAAUGGACCAACGUAAUGAAAGGCUGGCAGUACCGCUGGUUCGUGCUCGACUACAACGCGGGGCUGCUCUCCUACUAUACGUCAAAAGACAAAAUGAUGCGGGGAUCACGCCGAGGCUGUGUUAGACUGAGAGGAGCUGUGAUUGGUAUAGAUGAUGAGGACGACAGCACCUUCACAAUAACUGUUGAUCAGAAAACCUUCCAUUUCCAGGCUCGAGAUGCUGAUGAGAGAGAGAAAUGGAUUCAUGCUUUAGAGGAAACCAUCCUUCGUCAUACACUUCAGCUUCAAGGUGUGGAUUCUGGAUUUGUUCCAAGUGUACAGGAUUUUGACAAAAAACUGACAGAAGCUGAUGCUUACCUACAGAUUUUGAUAGACCAAUUGAAGCUAUUCGAUGAAAAGCUUCAGCACUGCAAAGAUGAUGAACAAAGAAAAAAAAUUGAAAACCUCAAAGAAACAACCAAUAGCAUGGUUGAGUCAAUAAAACAUUGCAUCGUGUUGCUGCAGAUUGCUAAAGACCAAAGUAAUGAGGAGAAGCACGCAGAUGGACUUAUAAGCACUAUUAACCCUGUUGAUGCAAUCUAUCAGCCUAGUCCAUUGGAACCUUCCGUGAUCAGCACAAUGCCCACACAGACUGUCUUACCUCCAGCUUUAGAACCAGCUCAGCUUUGCAAAUCAGAACAACGACCUUCGUCCUUGGCAGUUGGACCUGUUGUAACAUUACUUGGAAAUCACCAGACUCCAACACCUAAUAGUACAGGCAGUGGGCAGUCGGCACCAAGCAGCAGUUUAACUUCUCCGAGCCAUGUCAACCAUUCUCCUAAUACAGUUCCAGACUUCUCUUAUUCCAGCAGUGAAGAUGAAUUUUAUGAUGCUGAUGAAUUUUAUCAGAGCAGUUCAUCCCCAAAGAGGUGCUUAGACUCUUCAGGGUCAGGUGCAGUCCUAACUCGUAGCAGCACAGGAAGUAGUAUGAAACGCCCAGACACAGCUGAAUCCCUCAAUUCUUCCUUGUCUAAUGGGACAAAUGAUGCUGAUCUUUUUGAUCAGCAUGAUGAGAGAGAUGAUGAUGCAGAAGGAGAGUCAGUAGAAGAACACAAGAGUGUCAUCAUGCACCUUUUAUCACAAGUCAGGCUGGGAAUGGACCUAACGAAGGUAGUUCUUCCAACUUUUAUUCUGGAAAGGAGAUCUCUCUUAGAAAUGUAUGCUGACUUCUUUGCGCAUCCUGACUUAUUUGUGAGUAUCAGUGACCAAAAAGAUCCAAAGGACCGAAUGGUUCAAGUGGUGAAGUGGUACCUUUCAGCUUUCCAUGCAGGAAGAAAAGGUUCUGUUGCUAAAAAGCCUUACAAUCCCAUUUUGGGAGAAAUUUUUCGGUGUCACUGGGUGCUGACAAAUAUUGACCAAGAAGAUAAUAUGGAGACUGUUUCAGAUGGACCAAUUCCAUGGAUUACCAAAAACAGUGUAACAUUUGUAGCAGAACAAGUUUCUCACCACCCUCCAAUUUCAGCAUUUUAUGCAGAAUGCUUUAGCAAAAAAAUUCAAUUCAAUGCUCACAUCUGGACCAAGUCAAAGUUCCUGGGGAUGUCUAUUGGUGUUCAUAAUAUAGGUCAAGGGUGUGUGUCAUGCCUGGACUAUGAUGAGCACUACAUUCUGACUUUCCCCAAUGGUUAUGGGAGAUCUAUUCUCACAGUGCCAUGGAUAGAGCUGGGAGGAGAAUGCAACAUUAGCUGCUCCAAGACAGGCUAUAAUGCUAACAUAAUCUUCCACACAAAGCCUUUCUAUGGUGGGAAAAAGCACAGAGUUACAGCAGAAAUCUUUUCUCCAAAUGACAAGAAAUCCUUCUGCUCAGUCGAAGGAGAGUGGAAUGGUGUCAUGUAUGCAAAAUAUGCAACAGGGGAGAAUGUAGUCUUUAUAGAUACCAAGAAAAUGCCUAUAAUUAAGAAGAAAGUAAGAAAGCUUGAAGAUCAAGAAGAAUAUGAAUCCCGCUGCCUAUGGAAAGAUGUAACAUACAACUUAAAAAUCAGAGACAUUGAUGCAGCUACUGAAGCUAAGCACAGGCUUGAAGAAAGACAAAGAGCUGAAGCCCGAGCCAGGAAAGAGAAAGAAAUUCCAUGGGAGACAAGGCUGUUCCAUGAAGAUGGAGAAUGCUGGGUUUAUGAUGAACCACUACUCAAGCGACUUGCUGCCAGUAAAUAUUAAAGGGGCCAUGCCUAUGAAGUUCAAGCCUUGACUUAGUGGUUGUAGUUGUAACUUUCAAGUACUCUUCUUUUGGAGGGCCUGUCUUCUCCAGUUACAGUUGUUCCUCUCUCAGGGAUACUGGAUUUACUGAUGCAGCGAACAAUUAAAACAGGAAGAGCCUUGACUGUGUAGCAGUAAUUUAUAUUGGCCUUUCCUGUCUGACCUCCCAUGCUUUAGGAGAAUUAAUAAAACCUGGGCUCAAGCCCCAUCAUGCUCAUUCUGAUAACUGCUGUAAAGGUGCAAAAGGGCAUUGGAUGCCAGAUACAUAUCACUCUGGCACACUCCAUAAUGGCUUCAUUUCAUUAGAGCCAGUUAAGUUCUAUGUAUAUAUGAAAAUUUGUUCUGGCAGAUUAGAACACGCUAUGUACUAAUUACCAACUACUAUUUUACAAAGAAAAUUCUUUUGACAUUUCAGUGUUUCCCUAAAAUAACUCGGGUAUUUUUAGAGCCUAAAAUGUAAAUGAUAGGUAAACAUUUGGUUCUAGC